CACGAAAAUUUUUAAAACCAUCACAAGCCAAAAGUUUUCAAAUCUUGAUGCAGGUAGAACGCUCCAAGCACCCGGUGAAAACAAAAACUUUAUGAAAUUGCCUACGUCAGCAGAUAAGCUAUUGUAUGAGCGUGUCAAUAACGAGCAGAAUAAUAAAGUGUUACAUCAGCUUCAUUCCAUCCAGCUGCACACGGAUCUGGAAGCAUCAGGGCUUCAUCGCAGACCAUCGAGCGACCAAAUUCAACAAAGAACGCUAGCUGGGCCCAAUGAUAUCUAUUUUGCAGACAUGUUUCAGCAGUCAUCUCAACGACCUCAGCUAGUAAUUUUACCGCUUAAGGGUGAGCGAUUAAGCCCGCCCGCCGAUGAGUCAAAUAUUCAAUUUGUCCAGAAAAAUUUGAUUGAAAAUGGCAGUGUUUUCAAGGGCUCUUUAAGUUCCAGAGUAAUUACAUCGGAUAGUCCACGAGGAGUGGUGGGUGGAAUUCGGGAUCUCACAAGAUUCGGGAAUUUGAACGAACUAAGCGAGUCUCAGAAGAUUUCACUACUUCAAACUCUGCACAGAAAUUUGGAUGAACAAGCAGGCAAGAAGUCUAUCAGAGAUGCUCCAGUAGUCGUGCCAACACCACAAAGAUUCGAAAAUGACCCGAUUAAAGCCGAUGAUGAGCCACAAGAAAAUAUCAUACAACAACUUCCAAGGAAACAUUUAUUCGGAAUUCAGGAAAUCAUCGGUUACAAACAUGUCCCAUUGUCAUCUAAACCGGGCAUCCACACUCACUCCUCGGUUCAGCAUGAGACUGAGAGUGGGAUUCAAUCGGUAAAGUUGGAGCCAUCUUGGACAUCGCUGUCUUCAGGAAGAAGCCAAUUUUCGGAAGUUCAGAAACAGUCACUGACUUCCGAGACUCCCGAAAAUAUUACACAAUUGUCCUACGAGAAUGACCCUUUAGCUAAUUCUUUGCAGCAGAUACCAGGACAUUUUCCUGUAAAUCAAUUACUGAGCAAAGACGUUCAUCAGCAGUUAUUGGCCAAAGAGCUUAAUCAUCAAUCGGCCAGAGAUGUUCAAAAUCAACAAGACCUGACAUCUCAAUCACCUGUACGUUCAAGACCUCAUCGAGAAGAACCAAGUCAUGGAGCAAACACUCAAUUCCUGAAGUUAACGCGUCGCCAGAUUCAAAAUCCUUUGCCUCAACCUGCAUCGCAUCAAACGUUGUCGCAACAGUCUGUGGAUUUGAAACAACCCGUUCAGAAAUCAAUUGUUAAUCAAGAAAAAAACUCAUCGUCAAUACAGGAGUCACUUACCAGCAAUAAACCCUUGAGGUCAGAAAGGACUACAGGCGAAGAUUUACGAAUAGUCCAGCUAGACCCCAUAAAACUUUCCUCGAGCCGAGGAUAUUAUCCGCGUCUGCCGCUAGAGGCUGCAUCCAACGUACCAAACUUGUUGGGCUUACAAGCCGGCAACGACAUAUUGAUGUUCAUUGCCGCCAUGAACGACCAUUCGACAGAAAUCAGAGACGGUCAGCGGCAUGAUGACAACUCGCUUACCGUGACCGGCGCCGCUGUCCGACCAGCCAGAGAGAACCUGCAAGACGCUGUCUCUGCAGCAAUUCCCGACGCUAGCCCUCAAGGCUCACUCAAUCUGACUCCACAAGAUCCAGGAAAUGGGCUCACUGAAGUAAUUCAAGGACAAGAUGAAAACUAUCUGCCCCAUGUACCAUUACAGCGACAAGGGUACAUGAACGAUCUUCAUCAGGUUCUGGAUGAACGUUAUUCCUCGGCUUUACUUCAAUCGAGCAUCGGACGUGAUUUUCUACUGGCCAACGAUCCCAGUGCUCUAAUUCAAGAGCAGCCUUCGUCUGGAAUUUUAAGCACAGUUGUGGAGCAGACAGACACUGGAGUGAUAAAACCAGAUAUUGUAGAGCAGCUUAAUAAAUACCGUGAAGCUAUUUUGUCAAAAACACAAGAGAACUUCCAGAAAGUCGAGGAAACUAUUUCCGAAGAAGCUCCAGUUAGUGAUUUGACCCAUCAGUAUGCUUUGGAACAAUCCAACCAUUUCAGGGAGCAUCUUCUAACUAAAGCACCGGAGAAUCCCAGAAAAACGACGGCAAAGAAUUUCGGAAAAGUAUCCAGUUUGCAUAUCCCAGCUCUUGUUCCUCGACCCGUUCAAAUCAGUCGUCCUGUUGCACAGGAGUCUGUGCCAGUUAGGGGGCCUCGGCUGAAGACUCUUGACACGUCCGGGUUUCAGGAAAUGAACGACAUCGAAGAAACGCUUCCGGCUCCCAAGCUCGACGGGGCGGUUCACUACGACUCGGAACUUAAGUUUUUCCCAAAAAAUGGGUACGAUAUCUCACAUUUCUUUCGUGGUUUUCCUGCCUUUGGUUAUUUCCACAAAAAACUCGACUCCAAUGUUUAAUAUACGAGAGCAACUUGAGUAAGAAUAGUGGGCUACUUAAUGAAGAAUAUUUCGAACCUGCUUCUCUGCUAUGUAUUCAGUAAAAUGGAACCAAAAGUGUAAAAAUCAAAAUUCAGUUGCAUAUUCAAUCCACAGUUUCUGUUCUAUGAUUAUCAAAGGUUUUAAGAAAUUACUGUUCUCAUUAGGCUGUGAAAGGAGCUAAGCUACAUGAAUGAUGCACGAAAUUUCCAUCACUAAUUAAACGGCGUGAAAACGAAAAAAAAACAUAAUGAAUGAUGAGGAGCGAUAUAUCCUAGAGUUUUGUUUCAUUACAUCCAGCAUUACGAGAUUCCUUAUUCUCAUCAGUCAUCAUUAAUUGCCAAUGAACAUAGGCAAAAAUUUUGACCAGUCAGGGACUGUAAAAGUUUCUAUGUUUCAUUGUUAGUGCGGUAAAAUUUGAGGCAAUGCGAUUAAUUCUGUCAUUUUUCUGUUGUGAUGUUGGAAAAAUAGUGACAAAUUCGAUUUUACUACAUUCAAACCCAUAUAUUUUGUUUCGAGUCAACGUUGACACAUUAUUCUGUGAGAACGGUAGGACUAUAAAAUUCUAAACUUCAGAACAUUCCAACAGAGAAAAUUCGAAUAGUGUAAAUAGAUCUUCACGUGAAAGGCCGUCUAUAUUAGCGAAAAAAAAACUUGAAAGAAGAAGAAUGUCAAUUUAAGCUAUCACCUAGAAAAAAUAUUCUGUUGAACACGAUUGUGUUAUUUGUUAAGGAAUUAUUGAUGAUAAAAUUGUUGACGUUUCCACAACCAUAAAGUUAAGUAACUACGGGCUAUGUGAUAAUCAAUCCGUUCAUUACAAUAUUCAAAUUAGAAGAAUUUGUCUGUAACCGAAUAGAUAAAUGGUAAGACGUUGUGUUUGAAAUCUAUGCAAUGGAAAAUAUCGAUCUUUCGAAAAUAAUUUAUCCAUUCAGAUUUAUCCAGACGAAAACCACAAGAAUUUUAGAAAAUAUCAAUGUUCCCAUUAUAAUUCUUGAAUGUCAGUAGAUUUCACGGGAAAGUCGACGUUACUCUUAUUCGGAGCGCUAUAUCAAGCCCCAAAUUUCAUCGCACAAAAACAUUAAAUCAUUUUAAUAAAUCAAAUUGAAUGGUAACAAAAAAUUA